AUGGAAUCAGACGUGUCCCAGGAGUUCUUCGAUGCUGUCGACGGAGGCAGUUCGUCCCCGUUGUUAAAAAUAAAGGGUGAUAGUGACGAUGAAGGGGCAAAUGACUUUAGCGAUGCUACUGCCCGGCAGGCAGAGGAUAAAGUUGUAGUGGACGAUGCGCCGUCGGACAGUGAGGAUGAAGUCUCUGAGACUCCGACGCCUCAGGGUGAUCGAUACGCCCCGCUGUUUCCUGCGAAACCUAAGUCACUCACACCUUUGCCGCUUAGCAAAGUCCCUCGUCGUUCGAACAUUCCCGCUCCGACAGUCAUGCCUCCCAGUUUGAUCGGGUUUCUUCGCAAGAACGUUGGUAAAGACCUUUCCCAAAUUUCGAUGCCAGUGUCCUCUAACGAGCCGUUUUCCUUGUUACAACGUGCGGCCGAGGUGAUGGAGUAUUCUGUACUUCUAGACCAUGCCGCUAGCGCUUCCGAUGCAGUUGAACGGCUUCUAUAUGUGACUGCCUACGCACUCUCGUCACUGUCCUGCAACCGGGUCAAGGAGCGGUCAAUCCGGAAGCCCUUCAAUCCCAUGCUAGGAGAGACAUACGAGCUUGUCCGCGAAGAUCUCGGAUAUCGAUUCAUUGCGGAGAAAGUUUCCCACAGACCCGUGCAACUAGCCUACCAAGCGGAUGGUAAGGAUUGGAGUGUUGCGCAAUCCCCCAUGCCAACACAGAAGUUCUGGGGGAAAUCUGCAGAAAUUGUGACCGAAGGAAAGAUGAGGUUAACGCUACAUACGACCGGUGAGCAUUUUAGUUGGUCAAAUGCCACAUCUUUCCUGCGCAACAUCAUCGCUGGUGAGAAAUAUUCUGAGCCUGUUGGCGAAAUGUCGGUUGUGAACGAGACGACUGGGCAGAAAACUGUGUCGGCUUUCAAGGCAGGGGGCAUGUUCUCGGGCCGCAGUGAGGAGGUCGUCACGAAAACACUGGACUCUAGCGGUCGUGAGCUGCCUCUCGGGCUGACGGGUACCUGGACCACCUCUCUCCAGAUGACCAAGAACGGCUCUGCCACAGCACCUGUGUGGAAUGCCGGACCGUUGGUUCCCAACGCACCGAAGCACUACGGCCUCACUGUAUUCGCAGCCACCCUCAACGAGAUCACUCCAAUCGAAGACCAUAAGCUUCCACCAACGGACUCGCGUCUCCGCCCCGACCAACGGGCCUUGGAAGACGGCGACGUUGACCAGGCAGAAGAGGUUAAGGUUAAGCUGGAAGAAUCUCAACGUGCUCGCCGCCGCGAGAUGGAAUCAGCAGGUCAAACGUGGAAUCCAAGGUGGUUUACCCGAGUGGACGAUGAUCUUGUCGGAAAUGAAGGCGAAGUCGUGUGGCGUCUAAAGUCGGGUAAAGAGGGAUAUUGGGAAGAACGGUCGAAAGGGAAUUGGACCGGCGUGGUUCCAGUGUUUGAGACAUAA